UUGGCCCAUCCGAUCCUGGCCCUAAAGUAGCCAGUCAGAGUUCUCCGCCUUAACUUCCCUUUUCUUUCUGCGUCGCUCUUCUUCCUCGUCUAACCGCCACCCUCCCCUGAUGGCACUCUGCCAUCCAGGGUCUUCACCGCCGCCACCGCCAACCCUAGCUCUUCUCACUUCGUUCCUCUCUGCCUAGAAGGAACCGUUUUUCCCCCCUUCAGACAUCCUCUUCCCAAAAGCACACUAUCACAUAGUACACACCCCAAUAAUCAAUCCACACAUUCAAAUGGACAUUACAAGACUGAGAGCUCACAAAGCUACAAAGUUGCUGUUUCCACCUAUCAAUCGCCUUUUAAUUACAUCAACAGCCCAAGACAAUAUCCAUUCUAACCGUAACAACCAACCCGAGAAACAACAGCAACAACAUCAGAAGCCACAGCUGACUAAGCCAAUACCAAAGUCUAAGCCUUUAUCAGGGAAAGAACAAUGGAUCGAUAAGGAAAAGGUUGGAAUUGGUGAACGAAACAAUUUGGCGAAGUGGGUUAGUUCUAUUUUAUCAAAAGAGCGUUUAGAUUUUUCCAAGUGUAAAGAUUUGCUGACCCUUUUGUCUCCUUUGCAAUUUGAGGGUAUUUUCCUUGACAUUCAUCAGACUGUGAAACCUUUAGCUGCUUUGAAGUUCUUUUAUUUUUCGUCGAAUUCUUGUGGUUUUAGAUUUAGUCUUAGAUCGUAUUGUAUCUUGAUUCGUCUCCUUGUUAUUUCCAACCUUGACUCAGCUGCCCGGUUGCUUUUGAUAAGGCUGAUCGAUGGAAAAUUGAAUGUUUUUUGUGAUAAUUUGAGAAUUAAUGAUGGUCAUGGUGAUAACGGUAAGCAUUUGGAGCUCGCUGCUUUAUUUGCUGAUUUAAGUAUGGGAAAUUCUCAGGUUGAUGUUAGGAUACUUGACAUGUUGGUUCAUGUUUUUGCAUCUCAAUUUAAGGUUUCGGGUGGCUUGAAUUCUUCAUUGGAUGUGAUUUGUAUGUUGGCGAGAAGGGGGUUGUUUCCCUCUUUGAGAACGGGUGUUUUUGUGUUGAGUUCUCUUGUCAAAGCGAAUGAGCUUCACAAGAGUUAUGAGGCUUUUGAUAUUCUGUGCUCAGGCUUUGUUCCAGAUGUUUUUAUGUUUAGCAUUGCCAUCAAUGCAUAUUGUAAAGGAAGAAGGGUUGAGGAUGCAAUGAGGUUGUUUCAAAAAAUGGAGGAGAUGGGUGUUGCUCCAAAUGUUGUUACUUAUAAUAAUAUUAUUCAUGGUCUGUGCGAGAAUCACAAUGUAGAGGAAGCUUUUGAAUUCAAGGAGAAAAUGGUUAACAAUGGUGUAAAACCUAGUAUUGUUACGUACAGUACGCUUAUUAAUGCUUUGGUAAAACUUGAGAAUUUUGAUCAAGCAAACAUUGUUUUGAAGGAAAUGAUUGACACAGGAUUUGUGCCAAAUGUGAUUGUUUAUAACACUCUCAUAGAUGGUUAUUGCAGAAUUGGAGACAUUCAGUGUGCAAUAAAGUUAAGGGAUAAUAUGAUAAUUCAUGGCUUAGUUCCUAAUUCAGUUACUCUUGGUUCGCUUGUCAGUGGGUUCUGCAAGGUAAAUCAAAUUGAUCGAGCUGUACAGCUGGUAGAGGAGAAGUUAUCGGAAGGGUUGUGCAUGAAUGCUGGUGGCUUUACUUCUUUUAUUCAUGAGUUAUGUAAAAAGUCAGAGCUGGGCUCUGCGCUACGAUUCACAAAGGAAAUGAUAUUGCGAAAUAUGAAACCAAAUGACACAUUACUGACCAGAUUAAUUAAGGGGCUCUGCAAGAACAAGAACCAUUCAGAUGCAGUGGAGCUUUGGUUCCUGCUGCUGAAGAAAAGUUUUAAAGUCAAUACAGUAGCCUCAAAUGCUCUCAUUCAUGGACUAUGUGAAGCUGGUAGGAUGCAGGAUGCUGUUAGGCUUCUUAAAGAGAUGUUAGAAAGAAAUGUGCCACUAGACAGAAUCACUUACAACACACUCAUUUAUGGGUGGUGCAGAGAGGGAGAGUUGGAUGGUGGAUUUAAACUCAGAGAAGAAAUGGUUAAGCGGGGGAUUGUACCGGACAUUGUUACAUACAAUUUGCUGAUGCAUGGGCUUUGUGAGGAGGGAAAGAUUGAGGAAGCAAUGAUGCUUUGGAAUGAAUGUGAAAGGAUUGGCCUUGUUCCCGAUGCCUAUACACAUGGGAUCAUGAUAGAUGGAUUCUGCAAAGCUGGAAAAGUUGAAGAGGGCAGAAUUCUCUUUGAUAAGUUGAGCAGACACAAUAUUGAGUUAAACUCCACUAUUUAUAAUAUAAUGAUUGGAGGUUAUUGUAGAAAUGGGAGUAUAACAGAAGCUAUUAAACUGCGUGAUGAAAUGAGAAUCAAAGGCAUCCUAGUUACAUGUGCUACCUAUUCUUGUCUCAUACAUGCAAUGUGCAAGACUGGUUGUGUUGAGGAUGCCAAAAGCCUUUUUGAUGAAAUGAGAACGGACAGCUUGGUACCUAAUGUUGUCUGUUAUACUGCACUAAUUGGUGGCUACUGUAAGCUAGGUCAAAUGAAUGAAGCAAGGAAACUCCUGCAGGAAAUGUCUUUAUGUGACAUUCACCCUAAUGAGAUUACCUACACUGUAGUUAUUGAUGGGUAUUGUAGGUCUGGGAAUAUGAAAGAAGCAACUCACCUACUUGCUGAGAUGGUAAAGAAUGGAAUUAUUCCAGAUUCUGUCACUUACAGUAUACUAACAAAUGGAAUUUGUAAAGAAGGAAAAAUAGAAGAGGCCUUCAAGUUAUGCGAUAACAUGUUGCAAACAGGAUUUAAAGUAGAUGAUGCUAUAUAUACUUCUUUAGUCAGUCGUUUGCACCAACCUUCUGCAGUUGCGCAAGAAGACUGAACUGCCAAUAAAGUGUGGCAAGCUGGAGUAGAUCAAGGGACGAUGUUGACUUGAAUCUCUUCAGAAGAUACUCAGCGACAUGCUUUAGAACCUGCAAGUAGGGUCUAUUGCCAUAUUGGCUCAUUGGAUGCUCUCUAGAUGGAUCAAGUACACAAAUAAUAUGGUACAUUAAAAGUGGUGUCUUGUGUCAGGUAGAUCUGUUGGGCAUCACAAUGAGAUUGUUAGUGCAGUUUGCUGUUUUGGUUUCUCAGGCUAGAUGGACUCAAAUUGGAUGAGGAGUGAUAUAUGAAUGAAGCUGGAUUACAUUUUUGCAAGAUCUGAAGGACUAGCUUCUGGUGAUUUUUUCGGUUGGAAUGCUGGAAGAUAUACUGUGAACAGAGCAGCUUCAGAUUGUGAGAGAAGAAAUAUACUCCUACUUGAAGAUUAUUAAAGGAUAAUGGCAAGUGAAGGUUUUGCUUCUUCAGCAUGAGAAUGUCUGAUGCCUUCAGCACCUGUUAGGUGAAUUGGAUAAAAGAACAGUAUUAUGAUUUGGGACACAGAAUCCAACUGGAGGAUUUCCUGCAUAUUUCAACGAUUUGAAAAUUGAUCCAUCUGUAUAAUCUGCCUAAUGUGAGCAAUCAUCUUAUGGUGGCAUCAUACCAUAGUUGAGGUAACAUAUUUGCAGUUUCUCAAGUACCUUGAAUUUUAUGUCCACCACAACAUGCAAGUACCUAAGACUUUCACCGGAUGAAUUCCACUUUCUACCAUUAAUAGUUUUCACUUUGCAACUAGGAUUUUGAAGUUGGAAUAUUUGCACCCUAAACUUCUACAUGUGAUGCAGUCAAAAAAGAGAUCAAGCAAAUCUAGAAUUAAAGGUUUUAUGAUUUUCCUCAAGUUUCAACUUCACAUCCUGUGAAUAUUAACAGCCUGGUUCAUCCCUAAGUUUUAGCAUUUCCUAGAAUGUUGGUUGGUCUUUCACUUGUUUGCAGGAAAUUCCAGCAAUUGUGUCAUUGAACCUCUUUUAGUUAUUUAUAAUAUUAGGUAACUAAUUGGAGUCAAUUGUCAUAGGAAAGUUCCUAAGUAAAGAUUUAUUAACAAUAUACUUUGCUAUUUUACAAGAAGAAAUAGGAGUUUUAGGAGAGUUUGUUGCUCAUAACUACUAAUUUUUAACAUUAAUCUAUGCAGAAAAAUUGAUGAAUAAGAAUUUCAGUUUUGCUUUAUUAUUUUGUUUUUUUUCUUUGCCCCCAUAAAUUUUUUUCCUGCUUCCCCUUUUUUAUUUCUCCCAUGCUCCUAUUCAAGAGUACUCUUCACAGCCCCAAAACAGCCCCUCAAACCUCCCACUCUUCUGCUAUUGCUAGUACCCAAGAUCUCACCUAUCUUGUCCGACAUCAGCUGGGUAUCAAGAGCCCAAACUUUCUUGUUUGUUCAGGCAUAUUUUUUGUUCUAUCAAUAUGGCUACCAAUGCAAAACUUCCUCAAAGUUUGGACCUUUCUUGAAAGACUUUGAGGGUACCCAAAAUGAAGUUUCUUUGCUCAAAUUUAAAGUGCAAGUAUCUGAUAGAAAAUUUGAUGCUUUACAAUCUUGUGUUGCUAAAUUAGACGAUAUGGCUAGAAGAUUCGAUAAUAUUGCAGGGAAGGCAGUCGAUUGGGGGCGGUAGUGCCUGAACUUUCAAACUUGACCAUUGAACUUGACGAGCUUGUUGAGGAGAAAACAUAAGUGGCUCUAAAAACUUUUGAAGACGCAUACGAGGAUUCUGGAGUGAAGGAAGUUGUAGAAAUUAAGUGGAGGCCACUAUUUCAGCUGAGCAGGUCAAGCAGUUAAAGCUGGAUGAGUUUGCUGCAAUCAACCAUAUGAAAGACAGUAAGAGGCUUUGUAGCAUCAUAGAUCUGCAAGUUUUGGAACAAUGCUAAGAAUUUUUUCUAGCCUAUUCACUCCAAAAAUUCACUUGGUCCUUGGAGAGUUCAGCAAUAUUCACUCUACAAAGCCCCAGCUUUAACUGUUGCUCCCUCAAGUACACGGCAAGAGUAGUUCUUGGAGUUGCAAUUCUUCUUUCAGCUCAUUCCAGACCUUCAAGUUCUUCCUCCUACGAAUCUUUAAAACUCUAGGUUGAGAUUUAUCCAAUCAGGGACAAUAAUGCAGUCAAUAAAGAGUUAAAGGAAAUCUGGGCUUCCAGGUUUUUUGUGGUUUUCCUGAAGUUUAUUUAUGUUCAUUAUGGUUUCGUUACCUAAGUUUUAGUAGUUUCUAGGAUUUUGGAGCUUGGGCUAUUUUCGUUUUUUACUUGUUUGCAGUAGAUUUUCAGUAAUAGCAUCGUUGAGUCUUUUUAGGCAUUUAUAUAUUAGGUAACCAAUUGGACCAAUUGUUAAAAUAGGAAAUGGAAGUUUUGAGAAAGUUUAUAGCUUAUAAGUACCUGUGUUUCUACAUAUGCUACACUGAAGAAUUAAGUCUCUGGUUUAUUAGUUGUUUUGUUGUUUGUUUUUCUGACCUCUUUGUCCCCAUGGUUCGUGGCCCCAAUAUCCUACCAUUCUUCCACUGAUGCUGAUAGGUAAGAUAUUACCUAUCUUGUCUUACAUCAACACGUAUUCCGGUUGCAUCCAGUGGUUUAAAAGGUCAACCAAAUCAAACAUGGAUUCACAUAUCUGACCAUCAGUUUAGCUUCAACUGUUGGAACCAGUUUCAGGAAAUGAAAAAUUACCAUGCACAUUAGACUGGUGUGAAGUUCAGAUGCACGAAUUCUUGUUUUUUGUUUACAUUUUCAGUGAUUUGGGGAAAAUGGAUAUGCAUCAGAAACUUUAAGAUGAUGUGUCCAAAAUUAAACUUUGAUGUGCAAAGUGGAAAUGAAAAAAAUUUAGGGUGCAAUAUGGACACUGUUGUACACUGGUUUGUAGGCCCUUUAUUUGUAUCAUAAGCUUAUCUAUACGACGUAAAGAGCAAUUGGGAAAAAAGAAUAAACAUAACCAUGAGAAACAAGUUACUCCAAGGUGUGCCCUGCUUUGUUCUCUGGUCGUUAUAUUACAAAAGCUUCAUCAUCCUUUUCCUUUUCCUUUCGCUUUUCUUCUCCUUGGCUUGUCUGUGUAUAAUUUCUUUGACUACUUCUGAUGUCUUAAACUGUACUCGUAGUGCAAAGUUAUUCAUUGAAUUUGGUUGUCAGACUUAUCUUAGUUAAUCAAUUUAUAAUUACUAGCGAAUGUAAUUAAGCAAAGUGAUGAAUAUUGGAAUUUGUAGCAAAUUCCUUUUUUUUUUUUUUUGUUGUCGUCAAGACAACUGAAAGAUAUUAAUAGGCAUGCCAAGAAGAUGGAUUUUUCUGCUUGGUUUUCAUGAUUACGAUAAUACUACUGCCGAACCAUAUUAUCUUUGAUGCUCAUCAUCUGUAGCAAUUGUAAUUUUUCCAAAUAAUCUUCUAUCCUUGUACACACUUGUAAUAUUUGGUUUCUGUUGUAUAGAGGAAUUUGAAGGAUGAUAUCUACAAUUCAUUCAAUUUUUAGAGAGGAGCUGAAAUUACUACGGGAGGUGGCAUUGUCUUAUUGGAAGGGUUUACUAAGACGUUUGGACCAGUGCUAUAUACUUGACAAAAUAUGGUUUCCAGUAUGUAUUUCUCAUUCUAUUACACUGAUUUGGGACAAUUUUGGCGGGAGCAGAAAUAUACGCGCAAGGUGCUCUGCUUGUUUUGUUCUGAGGAUGACGAAAUCCCUGAUGACCUCUAUGGUACUAUAGUCUAACUGGGCAUCUGUAGUCAUCAUUGUUGCAGCCAAAAGUUUUCCUCGAUGAUAUCUAUUCCUAUGAAGAACUCCCAGCAUUGAUGAAGGGUUUUUACCCAAAGAAUGGGGUUCUAGGAUUGCGUACUUGUACUAGAUUUUUAGAUGUGAGCUAAGAGCAACUAACAGGGUUCUUCUAGCAACCAAGAUAUUCAACAGCUGAUCACCUAGCACAUUUGUGCGAAACUAUUUAUUUAUCAUUUUUUCCGUUUUGUUUCCUUCGUGAGAAUAGCUAAACAGUUUGUUUAGAAUUUCUGUAUUUAAAUGUUGAAGUUUUGGGUAGAGAAUGGGCUUUGUAGUCUUGCUUUAGGCCGAAUGUUGGUGAGUAUUGGUAGAGUUUAUUGAGUAGUGAAUAAACCCAGAAGAAACUUGCAGAAGGCUUUUGGAGUUGCAGCAAUUUGCCAGAAUUUGCGUGCUCUCUUUUCUCUGAAUUUUUGUAUUUAAACAAUGGUCAAAAAGUGGAAAGAAUGCUCGGUGUUUGUUUCA